AGACAUAGACCGGAAACGGAAAGGCAUUAUUGCUUGACCUCUUCCUGUGAAGUUCCUGUUGUGUUUCUCAAACCAGGAAGAUGGGUCUUGAAUCCGCUAAAUUGUCGAUAUUUUUAAUAGUCUUUUGGCUAUCUAAUGGUGCGAGAUGUAACUCGGUGGAGCAGAAGAUCUACGUCCUGCUCAACAACACGAUUCCAUGCGUUCGGCUGCUCAACGCCACUCACCAGAUCGGCUGCCAGUCCUCCAUCUCAGGUGACACAGGUGUCAUUCAUGUCUUGGAGGCGGAGUCAGAUUUGGACUGGGUACUAAGCUCUGGACCCAACCCACCCUACAUGGUUAUGAUGGACGCACACCUGUUCAACAGGACCACCAUGAUAAGGUUGAAGGGUUCGCUGCGUGUGGCUGGUGUUGCCGUGGUGAUCCCCAAAUCUGGACCCUCAACGGGGUUCUCUCCUCACAAUACCUGCCCAAAUGAGGGCUCAGGCGUUUACUCGGACAGCUAUGGCCCUGACCUGGCCGGCUGCAACGGCACGGUGUGGAACCCUCUGGGGAACGGCCUGUCCUACGAGGACUUCAACUUCCCCAUCUUCUCCCUGAAAGAGGACAACGAGACCGAGGUCAUCCGAAAAUGUUUCAGAGAGCACAACGUUGGGCUGAAUGGCAGCACCCCUCAGUACCCGCUGUGUGCCAUGCAGCUGUUCUCCCACAUGCACGCCGUCACCAACACCGCCACCUGCAUGAGACGCAACGACAUCCAGACCAGCUUCAGCAUCAGCCCUGAGAUCGUGUGUGACGCGCUCAGUGACUACAACGUCUGGGGUUCCAUUGUGCCCCUCAACAACACGGAGAAGGGCCACAAAGAAAACCAGAGUGUGGUCAUCGCCGCGGCACGGCUGGACGGGAGGUCGUUCUUCUGGGACAUUGCCCCCGCUGGGGAGGGGAGCAUCACUGGAUUCGUCACCCUACUGGCGGCCGCGCAAGCCCUGAGCGCAGUGACCCCGCCCACCCGAAAUAUCCUCUACGCCUUCUUCCAGGGGGAGGCCUUUGACUACAUCGGCAGCAGCCGAAUGGUGUACGAUAUGGAGAAGGGGAAGUUCGUCAUCGACCUGGAGAACAUCCACUCCAUACUGGAGAUUGGACAGGUGGGGUUGAGGACAGACUCCAAGCUGUGGCUCCAUUCUGACCCUAUAUCCAGGAAGAACAGCACUGUGAACUCAGAGGUUCUGAAACUUGUAAACUACUUGAAGUCAGAAGCUCCUAAAUUAAACAUUUCAUUGGACGAGCCAGGUGUCACUCAGGCCCUCCCGCCCUCCUCCUUUCAGCGCUUCCUGCGAGCACGGCCAAUCCCUGGGGUCGUGCUCACUGACCACCAAUCCGCUUUCAGCAACAGGUACUAUGAGAGUCUCUAUGACAACGCUGAGUACCUUAAUGUGACAUACCCGCCCAAUCUGAGCCCGGAAGAACAGCUGGAAUAUGUCACUGACACCGCUAAGGCUCUGGCUGAGUUGGCUACAGUAGUGGCUCGCUCUCUGUACAGGCAGGCGGAAGGGGAGGAGUCUCAGCUGGCCAAAAUCAUUGCCGACCCCAAGAUUGUCACUCAGAUGCUGUACGGGUUCUUGAUUCAGACCAAUAACAGCUGGUUUCAGGCUCUGAUGAGUCCGGAGGGCCAAAAGAUUCUAGGACCACACCCCCCGCAGUACUACGUGGGUGUGCCCGUGUCCGGCAACCCGGUCAACACCCCCACCCGCCUGGUGCAGUACAUCCUGGCCAACCUGACCGGCACCCCCGCCAACCUGACCCAGACCGAGUGCCAAAACCCGGAGGGCGUGGAAGGGGAGAGCAAAGAGUUGUACUCCUACUUUUGGGUGCAGGGCCCAGUCCCGCCCAACAGCAGCGCGGAGGGGGGGCCGCAUUGCGUGCGCGCGGCGGUGCGCCUCACUAAGGCGCUCUCCCCGGCCUUCGAGCUGCAGGACUACAGUUCCCAUGACUACUCCACGUGGACGGAGUCUCGGUGGAAGAAAAUCAGCGCGCGGAUCUUCCUGGUGGCCAGCCGAGAGCUGGAGAUGCUGACGCUGGGAGUGGGCGUGGCCGUGUUGCUGGUCUCUCUCCUGGUGACGUACUUCAUCAGCUCCAAGGCUGACCUGCUCUUCAGCGCCAGCAGAGAGCCCGCUAGCGCCGCCUACUGACCCUUCCGCGGACGCGCACGCGUGAUGCGCCUCAGCCUGCUGUCCCAGACGGGCUAGAGGCGGAGUCAUGCAGAUGAUGUCACACUUGAGUGACAGCCACUACUGGACUGCUUUCAACUGGACAGGGUUUUUUUUUUUUUUGUUUUGUUUUGUUUUUUUUUUGGUUCAGGAUGUGAUCAAUGCAGAAAUGUUGAUAUUUCCUUGUAUUUUAUUCAGAGAAUCAUGAUUUGUUUACUGUACC